AUGAAAGUGCCCAGUGUGUCAAGCAAUACCGCACAACAAGCUCUGAUGCGAGCAUGGCAAGUGCAGGCGCCGGAAGCACCACCAAAAUUGAACAGAAUUCCUGUCCCAGCAAUCGUAAAACCUAACCAAGUCCUCAUCAAAGUAAAGGCAGCAAGUGUGAAUCCGAUAGAUACGCGAAUGGCGAAAGGAUAUGGUCGCUCAAUUCUUGGAGUUUGGAAACAAUUUGCUGACAGAAGUUUUGGAGCACGCUUAUUUCCUUUGAUUACUGGACGAGACUGUUCUGGUAUUGUGGAAGAAGUCGGAAACGAUGUGAAGCUGCUACGUCCCGGCGAUGAGGUUGGCUGCUUUUUUUGCAGAAGAUCUUUUCACCUGAAUAAUUAGGU